AUGUGCGACGCUCAGCGUGAGACACGUGGGCAAACAGCGUCAUCAUUAGCGUUGUCGUGCUUCAGUGAUGAUGGCGACAGGCAAUACACCGCGGCGGAUGAGCUCGCCGCGCAGAUCGUUGAUUGCGCAAGCCUCCUGACGUGCAUGAAUACCGAGGAUGCUGUCGAGUCGAUUCGGCCGCUCUCUCCACGGGGACGUGCCGUGACGGCGUGCGUCUCGUGGCGCCCAGUAGCGGCAGCAGCAGCUCCAGACGAUGUGCGGUCCGUGGAGGUGCGAUUCAGUUACACUGAGGCCUUUGUAUGCCGCACAAAAUCCGGCAGUGAACACGUCUACGAGUCGCUGAUGGCGUUACUGGUGGCAAACGGUUGUGGGGUUGCUGAGGCUGCAUGA